AUGACCUGGCGCACCGCUCUCGCCGCCUCCCGCGCCACUCGCUCCUUCUCGACCUCUACACGUGCUCAAUUCCCGCGGCGUAUCCGACCGCGCGAGCUUUCACUCGAUGAGAUAGAGGACUGGCAGCCGAGCAAAAAGGCAGUGGUCGAGGGCUUGUUGACCAAGGAGGACUACAGGUCCUUCCCGAAGAAGGGCGAGCAGGCGAAUACUUUUAGCCCGGAUGACGUGGAAGAGUUCCAGUACGAUGAUACGACGUCUGACGGGCACCGGCUACUGGACCAACAGCGUCAAGUGCUCUACUACUUUCGACUCAUCGAGCACGAGAUGCCCAAACUCGUCGCAUUUCGCAAACCCUUCGUUCCUCCCACUUCCGACCGACCCAUGACGGUGCGCUCCAUUGACUAUGGUGGCGAGUCGCACCCAGUCACGGCAAAACGCGUGAUCAGCGUACCCGUUACAUAUCUGCCUUUGCGCGACGCGAAUGCGACCCAUAAAUUGAAGGUUCUCGCCGGUGUACGAUGGACUUCGGAGCCCCCAAAGGACGCCGGUUUCCGCUAUAAGGAGGAGGGCGGCGAGCACGGAUACAUCAAAAUAUCGUGCGAGGACUUCCCGGAACCGUCCAUGAACCUCAAAUGGGCGAGUGACGCGCUCGAUAGGCUGGUGGCCGAGGCGAACGACACGUCCGACCCUAUGACGGACGUACCUCUCGACACUCGUCACAUAGACUGGAAACGGGCCAAACGCGGCAUCGGCAUCAAGAAUGGCGACCUUGCAGGUGGGCGCAAGCGGACAGCUGAACCUCCGUCGUUGCGGGAUUUCCCUCGUGAGUGGCUGCCCGCGCAUCCGCGACCUGCGCCUGUGCAGUCAUAG